UCGAGACGAAGACCACAAAGCCAAAUAAUUUUGACGAAUAUCUCGAUAAAUAUUCCUAAAAAUAUAAUUAUAAAUAGUUAAAAAUAUAAAACUAACCGUAUAAAAGUACAAAAUAUCAAAGAAUGGCUGCUAAGGAUGGAUAUGCUGCUGAUAGAGAAAAUAUCAAAACUUUUCUCGUUGAAUACUGCGUUACGGAUGACGAUGACAAGAAAGUUUUCAAAUAUGCUGCACAAUUGAACAAAUUGGCGCAUCGUGAACAAGUCGCCAUUACCAUCGAACUUGACGAUGUUGCUGAACAAGAUGAAGAACUCGCGGCAAACAUCAUGAAAAACACUCGUCGUUAUUGUUCCAUCUUUUCCGACGUCAUUUUCGAGUUACUUCCAACGUACAAGGAACGCGAAGUAAUUGCCAAAGACGCGUUGGAUGUUUACAUUGAGCAUCGUUUGCUCAUGGAAUCACGUAAUCGUCGUGUCAACGAAGACAGAGACGCUCGCAACAAUUUUCCGCAAGAACUCAUGAAACGUUUUGAAGUUUAUUUCAAAGCUCCGAGCAAAGAUAAGGCAGUUGCUAUUCGUGACGUAAAAGCUGAAAAUAUGGGAAAACUCGUUACUGUUCGAGGUAUCGUUACGCGUUCGACAGAAGUCAAGCCGAUGAUGGUUGUUGCUACCUACACUUGUGAUCGUUGCGGCGCCGAAACUUAUCAACCCGUGAACAGUUUGAGCUUUAUGCCUGUUCAAGAUUGCCCUUCGGAGGAUUGUCGCGUCAAUAAAGCCGGCGGUCGGUUGUAUUUGCAAACGCGUGGAUCGAAAUUCAUGAAAUUCCAAGAAAUCAAGAUUCAGGAACACAGCGAUCAAGUUCCCGUUGGUCAUAUCCCGCGUUCAUUGACGAUUUUGUGUCGCGGAGAGAACACGAGAAUCGGACAACCCGGAGAUCAUGUUGUUAUUACGGGAAUUUUCUUGCCUCUUGUACGAUCGGGAUUCCGUCAAAUGGUUUCAGGAUUGUUGUCAGAUACAUAUGUCGAAGCUCAUCGCAUCGCAUGUUUGAAUAAAACGGAUGAAAGCGAAUUGGGAGCUGAAUUGACGCCUGCUGAAUUAGCAGAAUUGUCGCAAGAUGAUUUUUAUACACGAUUGGCAAGCAGUAUUGCUCCUGAGAUCUAUGGGCAUUUGGAUGUGAAAAAAGCACUUUUAUUACUUCUCGUUGGAGGAGUCGAUAAACGCCCUGAUGGCAUGAAAAUCCGUGGAAACAUCAAUAUUUGCUUGAUGGGAGAUCCAGGUGUUGCAAAAUCUCAACUUUUGGGUUAUAUUGAUCGAUUGGCGCCUCGUAGUCAAUAUACAACGGGACGAGGAUCAUCUGGCGUUGGUUUAACUGCUGCUGUAAUGAAAGAUCCUCAUACGGGAGAAAUGAUUCUCGAAGGCGGAUCUCUCGUUCUUGCUGAUAUGGGUGUUUGUUGCAUCGACGAGUUCGAUAAAAUGGCUGAAGCUGAUCGUACUGCCAUUCACGAAGUCAUGGAACAACAAACUAUCAGUAUUGCUAAAGCGGGUAUCAUGACAUGCUUAAAUGCUCGUGUUUCAAUUCUCGCUGCUGCUAAUCCCGCAUUUGGUCGUUACAAUCCUCGUCGUACGAUUGAGCAAAAUAUUCAAUUGCCCGCCGCUUUGUUGUCUCGUUUCGAUCUUUUGUGGUUGAUUCAAGACAAACCAGAUCGCGAUAACGAUUUGCGUCUCGCGAAACAUAUCACGUAUGUACAUCAACAUGGCGUACAACCAGCUUCGAAUGUCAAAACGAUGGAUAUGAAUCUCAUUCGUCGUUACAUCUCACUUUGUAAACGAAAGAAUCCCGUUAUUCCUGACGAACUUACGGAUUACAUUGUUGGAGCUUAUGUUGAGUUGCGUCGUGAAGCUCGUAAUAAUCGCGAUAUGACAUUCACAUCGCCUCGUAACCUUUUGGGUAUUUUACGACUUGCAACUGCACUUGCACGUCUUCGUCUUGCUGAUGCUGUGGAAAAAGAUGAUGUCUCCGAAGCAUUGCGACUCUUGGAAAUGUCGAAAGAUUCACUUAAUCAAACAACAACGAAUGAACGUCGCACGCACAUUCCCAAUACCUCCGACAAAAUCUUCGCUUUGGUUCGAGAACUCGCCGGGCAAAGCAAAACUGUCAAAGUUAGCGAAGUUAUGGAUCGCUGCACGACAAAAGGCUUCAAACCUGAUCAAGUUGAUAUGUGUUUGGAGGAAUAUGAAGAGCUGAAUGUGUGGCAAGUGAAUCAAACACGCACCAAAAUCACUUUUAUCUAAAAUAAAUUGUUAGUAUUAAUUUUUUUCCUCUCUAACUUUUUGUAUUUCUGUUUUUUAAUAAAUUUUUUACUCGUUUGUCAUUUUUUUUUUCAAGAAAAAUAAAUAUCAAUAAAAAUUUCAUGUUAAAGCA